UCAUUACAUUUUCCCACCCCAUGAAGCUUUCUCUAUUUGUCUCUUAAAAACAUCAUUCACCUAUAUAGCUUUCUCAAAGAUCUCUUUCACAAAUCACUCAAAACAAGAAAAAACAAACCCUCAAAGUGCUUCUUCAUAAGAACUACUAAACUCUCUCUCUCUCUCUAAUGCCAAUGAGGAAACCUGAUUUGAUCAUGGGAAAAGACAACAACAACAUUAACAAGAGCAAGCUAAGGAAAGGGUUAUGGUCACCUGAGGAAGAUGAGAAGUUGGUAAGAUAUAUGAUAACUAAAGGACAAGGUUGUUGGAGUGACAUUGCUAGGAAUGCUGGUCUUCAAAGAUGUGGCAAAAGUUGUCGUCUUCGUUGGAUUAAUUACUUGAGACCUGAUCUUAAGCGCGGCGCGUUUUCGCCACAAGAGGAAGAACUCAUCAUUCAUUUCCACUCCAUUCUUGGCAACAGAUGGUCCCAAAUUGCAGCACGUCUACCUGGUCGUACCGACAAUGAAAUAAAGAAUUUUUGGAAUUCCACAUUGAAGAAGAGAUUGAAAACCAACAACAACAACAAUUCUACACCAUCUCCAAACAACAGUGACACUUCAGAUCAACCAAUAGAUAAUGUUUUUGAUGUGAAAAAUAACAUGAUCAUGCCAAUUCAUGAACAAGAACUAAUGACAUUAUGCAUGGAUUCCUCAUCAUCAACUUCAUCAUCAUCCAUGCAAUCCAUGCACAUGCACAUGCAUACCAUGGUUUUACCUGACCAAUUUGAUCCAUUUUCAUUGUUGUCUAAUAACCAUUAUGACAUGACAAGUUUCCAUGCUCAUGACUUGCCAAAUAGUUGUUUAACACAAGUUGGUAAUAUGGUUGAUGAUAUUGGGCUUCAUAGUGACGAUCAUUAUGGGAUUUUGGAGGCUAAUAAAAUGGGGUUAUUAGAAAAUGAUUUUGAACUUCCUCCACUAGAAAGUAGAAUUAGCAUUGAAGAUAAGUGUGCCCUAAUUGGUGAUGAUCAUAAUGUGAAAAGCCAUAACAACCACUUCAAUAAUAGUUGCUUCAAUAACACUAAUCACAUUCAAAACUCCAAUGAGGACUUGUUUGGGUUUGGAAAUCAUGGGCAAGGAGAAAACUUAAGAAUGGGAGAAUGGGAUUUGGAGGGUUUGAUGCAAGACAUAUCCUAUUUUCCUCCUCUUGAUUUCCAAGUUUAAUGGCCUUUUCAUUCCUUUGAAUUUCCAAUCACCCCUUCUCGCCUUUGAUCUCUCUCUAAAUUGGAUACUCUACAACCAACCUUAUGGUGCAACCGGCUAUAGACAACUAUAUCUGAAUAGAGAAAAUUUCUCUGUCUGAAUUUAACGGUACAACCGGAUGCAUUGUAAAGCUGAAUGUAGAGGAUUCAAGUUCCACGCUUCCUUUCUCCUUGAAUAUCUUUGUGGAAAUUAGAUCCGCUAUGACCCCUCUUACUUCCUCAGUAAAAUCUCAACUUUUGGAUUAUUCUAACGGCUAUAGAUAAUACUAUAGACCAUUGGAUUAAUUGAACAAUUGAAAUUUUGCUAUAAGAGGUAGAUGGGCUAAAGAGGAUCUCGUCCUCUAUGCAAUCCUUUCAAAGUCGUUCUAUCUCUCGUAUUUUGUCUCUCAUUUCUUUUCAUUAUCUCCUCAAUUUCUCAUAAUUUUCUCUUUUAUCUCCAAUUUUCUCCUAGACUGUCUAUCUUUCUUCAAGUUUAUGUCUUCUCAUAGUCUUUUUUUUAUCCAUUUUGCAUAUACACAAAUGUCUUCAAUCAAUAUGCAAGGUGACCAAAACACCUUAUGGAAUCUUGGGCACCCAUUCUUUCUUGUCUUUAGUUCUUCCAAACUAUAAACAAAGACAAGCCCUUUUGUUUCUUACAUAUAUAUUGUCUUGUCACAUACAUUGUUUCUUUUAAUGUUACACAAAAUUACAACCCAAUUGUAUGUUGUGGUAGAUAUGUAUACAUAGUCAUGCUUCGGAUUUUUUUUGCAUUCUUUGUGCCCUUGUGGGUUUCCUUGUAAAGCAUUUUGUGUAAUUUUUCGGUAUUAUGUAGGUUGGUAUACAAAUAAUCAAAGGAUAUCAUAUCUUCAAGAGAAAUGUGAAUAGUGGUCAUUUAGAAAAGGCAAAUAAAUGUAGCUUAAUUGAAAUUGUAUUUAGCAUUGUUUAUAGCACUAGGAACAAUGUGGAGUUGUAAGUUUGUAAUAUUUUAGUGUUAGGUGAUAUAGGUGUACAACAGUACAAGAUGCAAUUGUAAACAAUACAAUAAAUAUCAAAUUUGAUUUGAAAUUCA